AUGGGCAACGAGGCGAGCUUGGAAGGGGAAGCGCUCCCCGAAGGGCUGGCGGCGGCGGCGGCGGCGGCGGGAGGCGCCGGCGGGGUGGAGAGCCCCGUGCACGCCGCACUCCCUGCCGGCAUGGAGGCGGACCUGAGCCGGCUGAGCCAAGAGGAGAGGAGACAGAUCGCCGCUGUCCUGUCAAGGGCGCAGGGGCUGCCCAAGGGAGGCGGCCCCCCGGCUGCUGCUGCUGCUGCUGCUGCUGCUGCUGCUGCUGCUGCGGAGUCGCCGACCAUGCACAGGAAAGAGGAGUUGGAUAGCAGUCGUCCGCCAAGGCAGCCAGGAAAACCGCCAGAUCCUGGGUAUCCGAUUCAACCGGGUCUCAGCAAAAGCAGAACUACAGACACUUUCCGGUCAGAGCAGAAAUUGCCUGGAAGGAGCCCUUCCACCAUUAGCUUGAAAGAAUCCAAGUCCAGGACGGAUGCUAAGGAAGAGAGCAAAUCCAGCAUGAUGCCUGGUUUUCUCUCGGAGGUUAACCCGUUAAGUGCUGUCUCCUCUGUUGUAAAUAAAUUCAACCCCUUUGAUUUGAAAUCAGACCCGGACACGUCGCAGGAAGAAACUGCCAAGAAGCAAAAAAUAGUCCAGAAGGAACAAGGGAAACCUGAAGGAACUGCAAAACCUCCCUUACAGCAGUCAUCCAAACCUGUUGCUAGGCAGCCAGGACCCGCUGUUACAGACCCUGUUCAGCAAGAGGCCUCUCCCAAAACGACGUCUCAGCCAGCAGAAAGAAUCAAACCACAGCCUCCAGGUACAGGAAAGCCAGCCCAGGGGGCUACUCAGAUUUCUCAGCCACAUCAGUCAAAGUCUCCACUUCAGCGAGAUGCAAGCAGGCCCCAGACCAAACAGGGAGAACCUGUUAAACCUGUAUCGCAAACCUCCUCCAAACCCCCUAUGCAGCAAGCGAGUUCUGGAAAGCCUCCUGCUCAACAGCCUGGACCCGAAAAACCUCAGACUGGGGCUACCAAGCCACCUGUCCCACAGCCAGGGCUAGCCAAGUCCCCAGCUCAACAGCCAGGAACGGUGAAGCCUGCAGCCCAGCCUCCCGGAACGGCAAAGCCCAUCUCUCAGCAGGCUGGGUCAGAGAAGCCUUCGCCUCUGCAGACUGGCCCCAAGUCAGCAGCUCAGCCUACCGGGCUCGGAAAGCUUCCAGCUCAACAACCAGGGCCAGGGAAGUCCCCAGCUCAUCAGGUGGGGACAUCAAAAGCUGCAAAGCGCCCAUCUCAGCAGCCUGGCCCAACGAAGUCUCCAUCUCAGCAGCCUGGCCCAACGAAGUCCCCAUCUCAGCAGCCUGGCCCAACAAAGCCCUCAUCAGCUCAACCACCUGCAAAACACAUCAGUCAAGUGGAACCUGGGAAACCUCCACAACCACCCCCAGCGCCAUGUGCAUCAGAGACUCCAGUACAAGGCCUUGCUAGAAGCAUCUGUCCGCUUUGCAAUACCACCGAGCUUCUGUUGGCUGUUCCAGAAAAGGCCAAUUUUAACACGUGCACUGAGUGUCACACCAGUGUGUGUAACCUGUGUGGCUUUAACCCCAAUCCUCACUUGACGGAGGUGAAAGAGUGGCUCUGUUUAAACUGUCAGAUGCAAAGAGCACUAGGAGGGGAUCUGGCUCCCCUUCCAUCUUCUCCACAAACAAAACCGAAGAGUGCACCUGCUCCUCCUGCAGCGGAUGUGAGAAAGUCAGCCCUGCAAUCAGAGCAGAGCUCCUCAAAGAAGGAUGCUGCCCUCAAAGAGGAUGGGCCAAAGGUACCUGUACCCAAGAAGCCACCAGCACUAGUGAAGCAGCCAACCCUUCAUGGUUCUCCCCCAGCCACGACCAAGCAACAUGGCGUGGCAGAGUCCUCGUCCAAGCUUGUUGCUGCCAAGGAGCCUUCUUUCCCAUCUGAGCAGCCCAAGCUCCCAGCUGCUGCAGAAGAACAGCCCAAGACUGCACAGCCACCCAUGGGCAGUGAGGUUUCCUUAUUAGCAGCAAAGGAUCCGGCUGUGCCAAGCUCCGGGAUACAGUCAGAGUCCCCAGAGACAAUUGCCCCUCCUCAAAAAAUGGAUUCUGCCAAACCCUCGCAAAGCUUUCCCCCGACAGGGGGAAAAGUCACCCCGUUGGAUUCUCAGGCUAUCCUUCGACCUGCGUCAGAUUCGAAAAUUCUUUCACAUCAGGGGCCUACAUCAGAGAGCAAAGGUCAAAGUCAAGUUGUUCCAGUUCCAAAAAAGGAAGAACCUAAGAAAGCACCAACCAAAAUGAGUCCUAAACCGGAUGCCAAGCAAAUGCCAAAAGGGUCACCUGCACCUGCUGGCCCGCGACCUCCCACUGGCCAAACUGGCGCUCCAUCUCAGCAGACCCCAAAGCCUGAGGAGCAGCCAAAACACUUCAGUCUCACUCUGGGAAGCAUCACGGAUGCCCCCAAGUCACAGCCCACAACGCCUCAAGAAACUGUGACUGGCAAACUCUUUGGGUUUGGAGCAUCCAUCUUCAGCCAGGCAUCGAGUUUAAUUUCCACAGCAGGCCAGCCUGCAGCUCACUCACAGGGUGGGACCGGGGCCCCAGCUAAGCAAGCUCCUUCACCUUCGCAGCCACUCACAUCUCAGGGGCCACCCAAAGCUACUGGUCAGGCACUGGCAGCAGCAAAAGCUGUGCCUGUGAAAAAAGAAUCCAAAGGUCCAGGGGUUGAAAAACCAGCAUCCAAAACGGCACAGUCCCCGGUGGUGAAAAUAGAGGCAGAGAAGAGGCCCUCAGUUGCUAAGGACAGCAAACAAUCUACAACUGAGCUUCCAAAGUCUGGCCUUCCUCCAGAACCCGAGAAGUCUCCCAAGCCAGACAUAGCCUGUCCUCUCUGCAAAGCUGACCUCAACGUGGAUUCCCAGGAUCCUCCCAACUUCAACACUUGCACGGAGUGCAAGAGCCGAGUGUGCAAUCGCUGUGGAUUCAACCCCACACCACACUUGACUGAGAUUCAAGAGUGGCUUUGUUUAAACUGCCAGACCCAGAGAGCCAUAUCAGACCAGCUUGGAGACAUGGGAAAGAUACCACCAUCACCAACAGGACCCAAAGCCCCUCCCCGUAUGCCUCUCUCCACAGAGCCACCCUCACAGAAAACAGAAGUCUCUCCCCGAGAAAUUGUGAAGAAGAAGGAGAAAGAGGAAAAAACAGAAGUUGAAAAAGUAAAAGAAGCAUCUUCAAGUGAGAAAGUUUCCGCUCAGGUAAUCAGAGAGCAGAAGCAAGAAGGAAGUACCCAAGAGAAAGACAAAAUCCUGGGUCUCCAAGAGGAAAAAUUACCCUUGAAAGAAAAAGAGCUGCUCCGGGAAGACCAGAAGCCACCCCCUACAGAAGCAACGCCACCUGCUGAAGACCAAAAGCCAUCCACUGAAGAUAAAAAAUUACCUCUCCAAGGAAAAACAGCAGUCCCGGAAGAGGAACAGAAGCACGAAGUACUGACAACCCUGGUCCACACUACUGAAGAAAGACAGGAAAAAAGAAAGGCACCCAGGCCUGGACUAGAGGAGAAGGAACUGCAACCCCAAAAGGAAGAGUUGCCCAGUGGUGCACCUCAGAGGUCGCUUAAGGAAGAUGAUCAGAUGGCCAAAAAACCCUCAGAACAGCCACCGCUGGUGCGCAUGGGCAAACCUGAUCACGUGGAACCCGGGAAAGAGAAACCGGAGAAGGAAGAUGACAAGUCAGACACCUCCGGUUGUCAGCAGCCUAAAAGCCCACAAGGUCUCAGCGAUACAGGCUAUUCUUCCGAUGGGAUAUCAGGUUCGCUCGGUGAAAUUCCAAGUCUUAUACCAAGUGAUGAAAAAGACUUGCUCAAGGGGCUCAAAAAAGAUUCUUUCUCACAAGAAAGCAGCCCCACCAGUCCCUCGGAUUUAGCAAAGUUAGAAAGUACGGUCCUAUCCAUUUUGGAAGCUCAGACAAGCACACUGAUUGAUGAAAAAUUAGAGAAGAAGUCCCAACCUCAUGGGGUGUCACCCGAGAAGCUUACAGAGCCACAGAAAAUUCAUGCUACACCUGAAGCAUUAGACAUUCCUGUUUCAGCAGAGGAGCUCAAAGAGGGUCAAGAGGAAAAGAAAGACAUGUUGAAAAAAGAUAGCCUGCCAGGCAUUGCUGCCAGUAAGGAGCACAAAGCCAAGACUGAGCUCGUUGGAGACGCAACUGCGAGAAGACAGCCUUAUGAUUCCAUUGAUGACAGUAGCGAAAGCGAAAACUCCCCUGUGCCACAAAGAAAACGGAGGGCAAGCAUUGGUUCCUCCAGCAGCGACGACUAUAAACAAGAGGACAGCCAAGGAUCUGGGGAGGAGGAGGAGGACUUCAUCCGAAAGCAGAUCCUGGAGAUGAGCGCUGAUGAAGACGCUUCGGGUUCCGAUGAUGAGGAGUUUAUUAGAAAGCAGCUCAAAGAGAUCAGCAUUACUGAGAGCCCGAGGAAGGAAGAGGCAAAAGGCAAGGGGAAAACAGCACCCGGCAAACACAGACGGAUAACUCGAAAAAGCAGCACCAGCUUCGACGAUGAUGGAGGGAGGCGGCAUUCGUGGCAUGAUGAGGAUGACGAAACGUUUGAUGAGAGUCCUGAACUGAAAUUCCGGGAAACCAAGAGUCAGGAGGGUGAUGAACUUGUGGUCUCCGGAGGAGGAGGAGGAGGGCUCCGUCGAUUCAAAACUAUAGAACUCAACAGCACCGUGCCCUCCCAGAAGAAAACAACUUUGUAUUUUGAGGACGAACCAGAGUUGGAGAUGGAAAGUCUCACAGACUCACCAGAAGACAGAUCGAGAGGAGAAGGAUCUUCGAGUCUCCAUGCUUCCAGCUUCACUCCUGGCACGUCCCCGACUUCGGUCUCCUCGCUUGAUGAGGACAGUGACAGCAGCCCCAGCCACAAAAAAGGAGAGAGCAAACAGCAGCGCAAGGCGCGGCACAGAUCGCAUGGCCCGCUCCUGCCCACCAUUGAGGAUUCCUCAGAGGAGGAAGAACUGAGGGAGGAGGAGUUGCUGAAAGAGCAAGAAAAGCAGCGAGAAUUAGAGCAGCAACAAAGGAAGGGUUCGGGCAAGAAAUCAAAGAAAGACAAAGAUGAACUCCGAGCUCAGAGAAGGAGGGAGAGGCCCAAGACGCCACCCAGUAACCUCUCUCCCAUCGAAGAUGCCUCUCCUACGGAAGAAUUACGCCAGGCUGCCGAAAUGGAAGAGCUGCACAGGUCUUCUUGCUCGGAAUAUUCACCUAGCAUAGAAUCGGAUCCAGAAGGUUUUGAAAUAAGCCCGGAAAAAAUCAUUGAAGUACAGAAAGUAUAUAAAUUGCCCACAGCUGUGUCUUUGUACUCCCCCACGGAUGAGCAGUCUCUUCUGCAGAAAGAAGGUGAUCAGAAAACAUUAAAAAGUGCUGAGGAGAUGUAUGAAGAAAUCAUGCACAAAACCCAUAAAUAUAAAGCGUUUUCAGCUGCAAACGACCGGGAUGAAGUGUUCGAAAAAGAACCUUUAUACGGUGGGAUGUUGAUAGAGGAUUAUAUUUACGAAUCCUUAGUGGAGGAUACCUAUAACGGUUCAGUAGAUGGGGGUCUGCUAAUGAGGCAAGAGGAAGAAAACGGACUUCUGCAACAGAGGGGAAGGGAGCCAAAAGUUAGACUGCCGGAACAAAUUUAUGAGGAUCCCAUGCAGAAAAUCGCAGACCUGCAGAAAGAGUUUUAUGAGUUAGAAAGCUUACAUUCCAUCAUGCCUCAAGAAGACAUUGUGUCAAGCUCUUUCAUCAUGCCGGAAAGCCACGAGAUAGUGGAUCUGGGUUCCAUGGCCACUUCUACCAGCGAAGAGAAAAAGCUGCUAGAUGCUGAUGCCGCCUACGAGGAACUCAUGAGAAGGCAACAGAUGCAGCUGAUGGCUGGCUCCAGCCCGAGCCAGAUGCCCAUUGUGGAUGAUAUGACAGAAUCCGGGAUGGAUUUUGACAGGCUGCCUGAUGCAUCUUUGACAUCCAGUAUCAUCUCAGGAGCCUCUCUCACAGAUUCGACCAGCAGCGCAACACUCUCCAUCCCAGAUGUGAAAAUAACCCAACAUUUUUCAGCAGAAGACAUUGAGGACGAAUAUGUCACCAACUAUACAAGAGAAAUCCAAGAGAUAAUUGCCCACGAAUCAUUGAUUUUGACCUACUCGGAGCCUUCAGAAAGCGCUACAUCAGUCCCACCCUCGGAUACACCUUCUCUCACUUCAUCUGUUUCUUCGGUUUGCACCACAGAUAGCUCCUCACCCAUCACUACCCUAGACAGCCUAUCCACUGUUUAUACAGAGUCUGUGGACGCAAUAACUAAACUGGAAGAUUCGGGGGAAGUCUCUUCAUCGACGUAUUUUCCAGGCAGUAUUAUAGACUACCCAGAAGAAAUCAGUAUGUCUUUAGAUCAGUCCACCGCGUCAGAUGGUAGAACUGGUGAUGAUUGUGUCAUGAUUGCCGUGUCUGAUAUGGCACCUGCUAUCAUAGAAUCGGUAGAAGCCAUACCCAAGACGCCCCCUGCUGAUGCCGUUUCUAAAGAUUUACCUAUAUCUGAGAAAGAUUCAGUGAAAGCCAAGAAGGAUACUGGCAAUGGGAUUAUUUUGGAAAUUCUGGAAGCUUAUAAAGAUAAGAGGGAGGAGUUUGACGAUGAACUAACCAAAAUGGGCUCUUCUGAAACAGUAUCCGAACACCCACUUUCUUCUUUGGUGGCCCCUACAAAAGAGGAGCUUUCAAGUACCUAUUUUACAACUGGAGAAGUCUUUGGUCAGGAGCCACCUGCUUCUCAGUUGGCAUUUGGCAGUCCUUCUAUCCCCUCACUUCCAACUAAAACUCGUCCAUUCUUACGAAGUCCUUCUUUGGACAUAUCAGCUCAACCUCCACCGCCUCCUCCUCCCCCUUCACCUCCUCCUCCUCCCCCUCCUCCCCCUCCACCUCCUCCUCCACCACCACUUCCUCCACCAACCUCACCUAAACCAACUAUUCAUCCUAAAAAAAAAUCAGCAGUUACAACACCAGUGACUCUAGCUGCUCCGGCAACAGCUCUGGUUGACGCCUUGGGUACCGCAGAGAUGACAGCAGAUCAGAGAAGUAACGGAUUGCCUGUAACCAAAGUAUGUGCCACCGCACCUCCUCCUGUUCCUCCCAAGCCUUCUUCAAUUCCAUCUGGCCUUGUGUUUACACAUAGGCCUGAGCCAAGCAAACCUCCACUCGCCCCUAAGCCAUCUGUUCCCCAGUUUCCUGUAAUGACACAAAAACCAACAGAAAUACAGCCCAAACCAACAGGUCUGUCUUUGACUUCAAGCAUGACCUUAAAUUUAGUGACUUCUGCAGAUUAUAAAAUACCUUCCCCCACCUCCCCGCUUUCCCCACACUCGAACAAGUCUUCACCAAGAUUUUCAAAAUCCCUUAUGGAAACGUAUGUGGUUAUUACACUGCCAUCUGAACCUGGGACUCCAACAGAUUCUUCAGCUAGUCAAGCAAUUACUAGUUGGCCCUUGGGAUCACCCCCCAAAGAUCUGGUUUCUGUUGAGCCAGUGUUUUCUGUGGUUCCUCCUGUAACCAGUGCAGAAAUUCUCAGUUCUUCUGAUCAGACACACGGUAGCUUGGGAGUCCUGGAGACACUUUCUUCUGCCCCUGUUACAGUAGCAUCUUCAAUUCACGCACCACCACCACCAUCAGUUUCUCAGCUGCUCACAGCUGCAGCAUCAAAAGCUGAGGUUUCGGCAGUCAGAAGCACAGUCCCUGCUGUGGGUCUUGGCAGUGUUUCUAUAUCGAUUCCUCCAGAACCACUGGAUUUAGGUGACCUCCACGUGGAGAAGCUUCAGGAUAAGGAAACUGGAACAUUACAAGUUGAUGGUGAUGUUAUUGAUUUGCGUACAGUACCCAAAGUAGAUGCUAAAGUGACAGAGAUAGGUAUGGAUCUUUCUGCUUCCACAAUGGAUGUGAAAAGGCAAGCUUCAGUCAGUGAAGCCCAUGGGAGGCAACUUAGUGCCGUGCAAUCCUCUAUUAUAAAUCUCAGUGCAACUUCCUCAGUAGUAACUCUGGCAUCCCUGGAUGCUGAGAAAGUGACUACUGUCACAUGUACACCUGGCGCAAGUUACGCCAGAGGUACAGAAAGCCUCGUUGGUUUAGAACAUGCAAUGACAACACCACUUGAGCUUACCACAUCGAAGCAUACCGAGCCUUCUUACAGGAUGCCAAGCAGCCAGGCCUUUCCCAUGGUUGGAGACGAAGCGCCAAUCAACUUAUCUCUAGGUACUUCAGCAAAUGCAGUGACAUCUGCUGCGACAAAACCAGUCACUGUGCCUCCCGUUAGAGUCACAAACGGAUGGUCUGAUAGCGCCGUAGCCCAGGGAGUCCCCGAUGGAGAGGCAGUGGACCUCAGUACAACAAAGUCUCACAGAACUGUUGUAACAAUGGAUGAAUCCACUUCAGGUACGGUGACUAAAAUAGUAGAAGAUGAUGAAAAGCCUGUUGAUUUGACAGCUGGGCGAAGAGCAGUGUGCUGUGAUGUGGUAUAUAAGUUACCUUUUGGAAGAAGUUGCACUGCACAACAGCCUGCAACUACUCUUCCCGAGGAUCGUUUUGGUUAUAGAGAUGACCACUAUCAAUAUGACCGAUCAGGACCGUACGGCUACAGAUGGACGGGAGGCAUGAAACCUUCCAUGUCGGACACUAACUUAGCAGAAGCCGGCCAUUUUUUCUAUAAAAGUAAGAAUGCUUUUGAUUAUUCUGGAGGAACUGACGCGGCAGUAGAUCUGACUUCAGGGAGAAUUCCCACAGGUGAGGUAAUGGACUAUUCAAGCAAGACGACAGGUCCCUAUCCAGAAACUCGACAAGUUAUUUCAGGAGUUGGGAUUAGUACCCCACAAUAUUCCACAGCAAGAAUGACUCCACCUCCGGGACCCCAGUAUGGUGUGGGCAGUGUCCUAAGGUCAUCUAAUGGUGUUGUCUAUUCUUCAGUAGCAACUCCAAUACCUUCUACAUUUGCCAUCACCACACAGCCUGGUUCCAUUUUUAGCACUACUGUUAGGGAUUUGUCUGGUCUUCAUACCACGGAUACGGUGGCUUCGUUAUCUGCCUUGCAGCAGAGCCAGCCAAUGCCUAGAACGUAUUUCAUGGCAACCGGCGUAUCUGAAUCAGACGUUGCCGUAACAGGCUCUAAUAUCACUACCGAAACGAUAGACUCUCUCCCCACUUUAACCACAGCAUCUGAAGUCUUUUCGGAAGUGAUGGGAGAUGAAAGCAGCCUUUUAAUCCUCCCCGAAGAAGAUAAACAGCAGCAGCAACUUGACUUGGAGCGAGAGCUCUUGGAACUGGAGAAAAUCAAGCAACAACGCUUCGCGGAGGAACUGGAGUGGGAACGCCAGGAGAUUCAAAGGUUUCGAGAACAGGAAAAGAUCAUGGUGCAACAAAAGCUGGAGGAGCUGCAAUCCAUGAAGCAACACCUUCUCUACCAGCAGGAAGAAGAGCGGCAAGCUCAGUUCAUGAUGAGGCAGGAGACGUUAGCUCAGCAGCAGUUGCAGCUGGAGCAGAUCCAGCAGCUGCAGCAGCAGCUUCACCAGCAGCUCGAGGAGCAAAAAAUUCGUCAGAUCUACCAGUAUAACUACGAUCCUACCGCAACUGCUUCUCCACAAACCACCACGGAACAGGCAAUCUUGGAGGGUCAGUAUGCGGCCCCGGAAGGCAGUCAGUUUUGGACCGCUGAAGAUGCCACCACCACAGCGUCAGCUGUUGUAGCAAUUGAAAUCCCACCAAGCCAGGGAUGGUACACAGUUCAGUCGGACGGUGUCACUCAGUACAUCGCUCCACCCGGCAUUCUGAGCACCGUUUCAGAAAUCCCUCUGGCAGAUGUUGUCGUGAAAGAGGAGAAACAAGCCAAAAAGAGAAGCUCUGGAGCGAAAGCCCGUGGGCAGUAUGAUGAAUUAGGAGAAGGCCUGACAGAUGAGCCCACCAGGUGUUUUAAGAAGAUAGUGGACAGUGGUGUACAGACUGAUGAUGAAGAUGGCACAGAUCGGAGUUAUGUGAGUAGGAGGAGGAAAACUAAAAAAAGUGUUGAUACCAGCGUGCAGACUGAUGACGAAGAUCAGGAUGAAUGGGAUAUGCCUUCUAGAGCAAGGAGGAAAGCGCGGGGAGGGAAAUACAAUGACAGCACAGCAGAGGCUGACAAGACCAAGCCCAGUCCCAAAGUCUCCAGCAUAGCAGUUCAAACAGUAGCAGAGAUUUCUGUGCAAACCGAACCGGUUGGAACCAUAAGAACACCUUCCGUACGAGCACGAGUGGAUGCCAAGGUAGAAAUAAUCACACACAUUUCAGCACCUGAAAAGACUUACAAAGGGGGCAGUUUAGGAUGUCAAACAGAAGCAGAUGCAGACACACAGAGUCCUCCAUAUCUGAGCGCCACAUCUCCACCCAAAGAAAAGACACGCCCAACACCUUUAGAGAUCGGUUACUCGUCUCACCUUCGGGCAGACUCCACACUGCAGCUGGCUCCUUCCCCACCCAAAUCUCCAAAAGUCCUUUAUUCACCCAUCUCUCCACUUUCACCAGGCAAAGCCUUAGAAUCAGCCUUUGUACCUUAUGAAAAGCCCCUCCCUGAUGAUGUAAGCCCACAGAAAGUACUGCAUCCAGAUAUGGCUAAAGUUCCCCCGGCAAGUCCUAAGACAGCCAAGAUGAUGCAGCGUUCUCUGUCUGACCCAAAGCCUCUGAGUCCAACAGCAGACGAAAGUUCCAGGGCUUCUUUUCAGUAUACCGAGGGCUUCACGACGAAAUGUUCUCAAACCAUGACACCAUCUGGCACUCAGAAAAAAGUUAAGAGAACUUUGCCAAAUCCGCCUCCUGAGGAAACUUCCACAGGAACACAGUCAACCUACAGCACAAUGAGCACCAUCUCCAGGAGAAGAAUCUGCAGAAGCAACACGAUGGCCCGAGCCAAGAUCCUGCAAGACAUCGACAGGGAGCUUGACCUUGUGGAAAGAGAGUCUGCGAAGCUGAGAAAGAAACAGGCGGAACUGGAUGAAGAAGAAAAGGAGAUAGAUGCCAAGUUGCGGUACCUGGAAAUGGGAAUUAACAGGAGGAAGGAGGCCUUACUCAAGGAGAGAGAGAAGAGGGAACGAGCCUACUUGCAGGGUGUAGCCGAGGACCGCGAUUACAUGUCUGACAGCGAAGUGAGCACCACCAGGCCCACCCGAAUAGAAAGCCAACAUGGCAUUGAACGCCCCAGGACUGCUCCUCAGCCCGAAUUCCCCCAGUUUAUACCACCACAAACCCAGACAGAAUCUCAGCUAGUCCCUCCUACAAGUCCAUAUACCCAGUACCAAUAUUCUUCCCCUGCCCUUCCCACCCAGGCCCCCACCCCGUACACCCAGCAAUCCCAUUUUCAGCAACAGACUUUGUACCCUCAGCAAGUUUCACCUUAUCAGACUCAGCCAACAUUCCAAGCUGUGGCUACGAUGUCCUUCACACCUCAAGCCCAACCUACACCGUCCCCACAGCCGUCUUACCAGCUACCGUCACAUAUGAUGGUCAUUCCGCAGAAGCCACGGCAAACGGCACUGUACCUUGAGCCCAAGAUAACUUCCAACUACGACGUUGUUCGGAACCAGCCCCUGAUGAUAGCCCCUGCUUCUACUGAUAACACAUACGCCGUUUCCCAUCUCGGAAGCAAGUACAAUACUUUAGACUUGAGGAUGGGCUUGGAGGAUAGAAGCAGUAUGGCCAACAGCCCAAUAUCUUGCAUAUCUGCAGAUUCUUUCUACACAGACAUCGACCACCACCCUUCACGAAAUUAUGUUUUAAUUGAUGAUAUUGGCGAGAUUACCAAAAGUACAGCAGCUCUGAGCACUGCGUUUAGCCUCCACGGCAAGGAGCUGUCAAAAACGGACCGUCUGCUCCGUACCACUGACGCACGCAGGUCUCAAGACGUGACAGACUUCCUUGCGCCCUUACAGACUCCUUCCAGAUUACAUAGCUACGUGAAAGCAGAGGAAGACCCGAUGGAGGAGCCAUAUGAGUUGAAGUUUCUGAAACAGCAGAUUAAGCAAGAAUUCCGUAGAGGGACAGAGAGCUUAGAUCAUCUUGCCGGACUGUCCCAUUAUUACCAUGCAGAUACUGGCUAUCGGCAUUUUCCCAAAUCUGAAAAAUACAGCAUCAGCAGACUCACACUUGAAAAGCAAGCUGCAAAACAGCUACCCGCGGCCAUCCUGUAUCAGAAACAGUCAAAGCAUAAGAAAUCACUCAUUGACCCUAAAGUGUCCAAAUUUUCACCCAUUCAGGAAAGUAGGGACCUAGAACCUGACUAUUCCAGCUACCUGACUUCCAGCACGUCUUCUAUUGGUGGUAUUUCCUCUAGGGCAAGGCUCCUUCAAGAUGACAUCACUUUUGGCCUCCGAAAAAAUAUUACAGACCAACAAAAAUUUAUGGGCUCAUCUCUUGGCACGGGGCUGGGCACAUUAGGGAACACCAUAAGGGCAGCUCUGCAGGAUGAGGCAGAUAAGCCUUACAGUAGUGGCAGCCGGUCCAGACCUUCCUCCAGACCUUCUUCUGUGUAUGGGCUCGAUUUGUCGAUCAAAAGAGACUCUUCCAGCUCAUCUCUAAGACUGAAAGCUCAAGAAGCCGAAGCUCUGGAUGUUUCCUUCGCUCAUUCUUCAUCUUCUGCCAGAACUAAGCCUACCAGUUUGCCAAUUAGUCAGAGUAGAGGAAGAAUCCCAAUUGUGGCCCAAAAUUCUGAAGAGGAAAGUCCACUCAGUCCUGUUGGCCAACCGAUGGGAAUGGCCAGGGCUGCAGCGGGACCCUUGCCACCAAUAUCAGCAGACACCAGGGAUCAGUUUGGCUCAAGCCAUUCCUUGCCUGAAGUUCAGCAACAUAUGAGAGAAGAGUCACGGACUCGUGGCUAUGACCGUGACAUAGCAUUUAUCAUGGAUGACUUCCAACAUGCCAUGUCAGAUAGCGAAGCCUACCACCUGCGUCGUGAGGAAACUGAUUGGUUUGAUAAACCCAGAGAAUCUCGUUUGGAAAAUGGGCAUGGUCUGGACAGAAAACUGCCAGAAAGACUGGUCCACUCCAGGCCACUCAGUCAACAUCAAGAACAAAUUAUACAAAUGAACGGGAAGACUGUACACUAUAUCUUUCCUCAUGCGAGAAUAAAAAUAACAAGGGACUCCAAGGAUCAUACAGUGUCAGGCAAUGGAUUAGGAAUCAGAAUUGUGGGCGGCAAGGAAAUCCCGGGGCAUUGUGGAGAAAUUGGAGCCUACAUUGCCAAGAUUCUUCCUGGAGGAAGUGCAGAAGAAUCAGGGAAACUUAUAGAAGGGAUGCAAGUGCUGGAAUGGAACGGAAUUCCCUUAACUUCUAAAACAUAUGAAGAAGUGCAGAAUAUCAUUAGUCAGCCGAGUGGGGAAGCAGAAAUAUGUGUAAGACUGGACCUAAAUAUGCUUUCAGAUUCGGAAAAUCCUCAGCAUCUGGAACUGCACGAGCCACCGAAGGCUGUGGACAAAACGAAAUCCCCAGGGGUUGAUCCUAAGCAGUUAGCAGCCGAGCUGCAGAAGGUCUCGCUCCAGCAGUCACCACUGGUUGUAUCCUCAGUCGCUGAAAAAGGAUCUCACGUUCAUUCGUGUCCUACAUCCGCGGGAUCCAGUUCCGUGCCUAGCCCUGGGCAGCCAGGGUCGCCAUCUGUGAACAAAAAGAAGCAUGGCAGUAGCAAGCCUGCUGAUGCAACAAAAGUUGUUUCUCAUCCAAUAACGGGAGAAAUUCAGCUUCAACUCAACUACGACCUUGGAAAUCUCAUAAUACAUAUUCUCCAAGCAAGAAAUCUUGUACCUCGAGACAACAAUGGUUAUUCUGACCCUUUUGUUAAAGUGUACCUACUCCCAGGUCGAGGUCAAGUCAUGGUUGUCCAGAAUGCAAGUGCUGAAUACAAGAGAAGGACUAAAUAUGUUCAGAAAAGUCUUAAUCCUGAGUGGAACCAGACAGUGAUUUACAAAAGCAUUUCCAUGGAGCAGCUGAAGAAGAAGACACUGGAGGUGACAGUUUGGGAUUAUGACAAAUUUUCUUCCAAUGACUUCCUUGGGGAGGUAUUGAUUGACUUAGCCAGCACAUCUCACCUCGAUAACACUCCCAGGUGGUAUGCUCUCAAAGAGCAAACGGAAAGCAUUGAUCAUGGCAGGUCCCACAGCGGUCAGAGCAGCCAGCAGUCGCCGAAGCCAUCUGUCAUCAAGAGUAGAAGCCACGGGGUCUUCCCUGACCCAUCCAAAGACAUGCAGGUUCCCACCAUUGAGAAAUCUCACAGUAGUCCUGGGAGCUCCAAGUCUUCCUCUGAAGGCCAUCUCCGCUCUCACGGACCAUCCCGCAGUCAAAGCAAGACCAGUGUCACCCAGACCCACCUGGAAGACGCAGGGGCUGCCAUAGCCGCUGCAGAAGCCGCCGUGCAACAACUCCGCAUUCAACCAACCAAGCCCACCAAUCACCGGCCGGCAGAGGGCUCCGUGUCCACCGUGUCCACUGGCUCCUCCGGCAGCAGCUUUGGCAGUGGGUACAGCAUGGACAGCGAGGGCAGCAGCAGCACCGCAGGGGAGACUAACCUAUUCCCUAUUCCCAGGAUAGGGAAGAUGGUCCAGAAUGGACAGGAGCCCGUGAAGCAGCCGGGAGUAGGAAUAGGCUUAGCAGACACUGAAGUUAAAACCCAGGUCACGGGAGAAAUCAAGAUUGCAUUGAAAAAGGAAAUGAAGACAGAUGGUGAACAACUGAUAGUUGAAAUACUCCAAUGCAGAAAUAUUACUUAUAAAUUUAAGUCUCCUGAUCAUUUACCAGAUUUAUAUGUGAAAAUAUAUGUAAUGAACAUCUCUACUCAGAAAAAGGUGAUCAAGAAAAAAACAAGAGUAUGUAGACAUGAUCGAGAGCCGUCGUUCAAUGAGACUUUUAGAUUCAGCCUAAGUCCAGCGGGACAUUCCCUUCAGAUUUCACUUUUCUCCAAUGGAGGGAAGUUUAUGAAAAAGACAUUGAUUGGUGAAGCUUGUAUCUGGCUUGACAAAGUGGAUCUCAGAAAAAGAACAGUCAACUGGCACAAACUUUUGGUCAGUUCUACUCAAACACAUUGAAGAAAUGUGUCUUCUCAGGGUAUAGAAACUGUUCUAAAUAGCCUUAGAUCAAGACUGUAGUUGGAUGCUCUUUGCCAACCUACGCUUUCAGGGGCAAAUAUGAAGUG